AUGGCCGAACACGAACCUGUAAACCCGAUGGCAUCGCCGUCGCCUCAACCCGACAUGACGAGAAAUCGACUGCCCACGCUCUUUGAGGUCUUGAGUCGUCGCACUCUGCCUCCUGUUGACCUCUUCUCAUUCUACAUUUACAUGCGCGAUCAACAGCGAUCUGUUGAUUACCUUGAUUUUUGGCUCGAUGUCGCCCAGCACAUGUCACUAUGCCGACAUUAUGUUCGCGAACUGCGACGAUCCGUGCUUAUUGGCACUCCUGAGGCACAGUCCAAACGAUCUUCAGCUAUUUUAGAAAACAUCGGCGACUUGGAACCCAGAGCUGCCGGCCCCUCCAUGUACGCAACUGAGAAGGAGAAGAACCAGGAUGCGCAGAUGUCAGCUUUCCUUAGAGAGGACCAAAGCCACGAUUCACCUCAGAGUGCUACCGGGCCCAUGCGACCUAGCCCCCAGUUCAGCAACUCCCACGAUAUCACCACCGAAUCCAACUCGCCCGCUCACACCGUUGCGCGACAGGAUAUCCGAGCCUCGGCGGAAAAGAUUCUCUACACUUUUCUUCUACCUGGUGCUGAGCGAGAAAUCACCCUCCCUGGUUCCAUCACCCAAGAGGUCACUGCCGCCAUUGAAGAGUAUGGCCGUGACGAUCCUGAAGUAUUUGAUGUUGCCAAGGAUUAUGUUUUCCAGGCCAUGGAGCGAGAUGCCUUCCCAGGCUUUCUUCGAAUGAAGGCUCUUGGCAAUCUCAUCCCACCUACUCUCAUCAUGCGACUCAUCCUUGGACUCAUCUCCAUGUUUGCUGCUCUUUGGGCCUCAUUCCUCAUCUUACCAUUCACUAUCGGUGUUUAUUUCCUUGCGUCUUACCAAUACUCACUGGAUCCUAUUAUGGCCCUGAUUGGUUACAGCGAGUACACCCCAUUCAACUUCUCUCGCAUCCGUGAGCCCUACGUCCGCAAGCUCAUCGCUAAGCGUGCCAUGAUGGUCAUGGCGGUGACUUUUCUCGUCGAUGCCGCUCUCUGUGUUCUCUUCAUUCUCGUCCCCGGAAAGCGUCUUUGA